AUUCUGACUUUCUUGUUUCUAUCAAUGACAUCAUCACAAGUUAACGCAAACAAACCCUUCUCUUGCUCUCAUACACUCGACACCUGGAAGCUAUGAUGAUCAAAAUAAAGAUUAUUUUUGAUGCUUCUUUUGCCAAAUGUGUUUUAAAAGUGAAACACUUUGGAGCCCCCGUCUCUGCUUUUGUUAAGUGAUUCAGAGGAGACCACAAUAUUUAAACAGCCACAUCUGCUUCUGGGAGCUCAGUCUGCUGCAGUAGUUUAUAUCCAUGUGUACUUAUAUGAACAGACCCAAAGCUUCAAUGCAGCGUUUAGAUAAAUGCAAGAAAACACUUUGGUUCUGUUGAACACACUGAGUCUGCACAAACACUCUCUAAAUAGCAUUCAAUAGUAACAGGUCAUCAAUGUCAUUUUGUUAGCUUCAGUGGAGAAGAAAUAUCUGUAGAACAGCAGUGUGUUGUACUUCCACAGCUUCCUCUCACUGAUUCCAUUUUUAGUUUGAACGUUUAUUAGAAACGGUCAAAUCUAUUUUAGAAAGCAGCUCAUUUUUUCUGUCAGUAAAAUUUUAACUCCUUUUGGUUUCAGGAAUCAUCUUUACACACUAAUGCUUUCAGUCAGCAGCAGCUACAAAAAUCCCAGUGAGUUAGAGAACAACAGAAAAGUUGCUCAGCUUUUUUCUUAAACUUGUUCUUUUUGUUCCUGUUGCAGAUUCCUUCACUAAUUUCAUCUCUUUCUGUUCUUCCAGCUUACAGACAUUAUAUUUCUUGGGAUGUGUGAGUGGUUAUCAUUGCUGCUGAUCUGGGCUCGUCUUCUGGUUCUGUUUAUUAGAAACUGUCUGGGUCGGGCUCCACAGGCCCUCCAUAGCAAACUGUUGGCUUCAAUCAUCGAUCCUCCUCUGCUGUCCUGGACCGAGAUGCUGGGCUCUCCACCUCAAUCGCUGCCACAAAGUCUAAAGGGAUUUUUAUCAAUAUCUGCUGCAUGCAAGAACAAAAAAUUAGUAAAACAUAGAAAAUAUGCGUCUGGAGAUCUUCAUCGCUCUUUGAUGUCUAAGCAGCAGCAGCUGCUUGCUGGGGUCACUGGAAGAGCAUGAUGAGGGAAGAGUGGCUGAGAUCGCUGGUUACGUGUGAAGAUGGAACUUCACAUGAAACAACACAAACUGGUGAAGACAGAAACUCGGAGGGAAAAAUCACACAAUCAAUAGAACAAGAUGGAUGGUUACUGCUACUUGAAGUGUUGUCAGGAAAAAGUCUUACAGAUUUUUCAACUCUGAACAAAGUGACGCCAACCUGUGGAGCUAAAAUGUGGCGUUUACCUGGAAACAAAGCAGCUAGCUUGACGUUCAGGGUACAUCAGCUCUGGAGAAGCUGGUUCUGUUAUGAUGUUCUAGGUUCUGAUUCAUCAGACUGUCCAAUGUCUGCUAAACACCCUGAGGUAGAAAUAGCAACAUAUGACAUCACACUGUCAUACUUAAUGUGGCCCAAUAGCUCAGCUUCUGUUUGCCAUCAGGAUGAAUUAUGGACAAAACAACCAGUCAGAUGAAAUACAGCAGAAAGAAAUGAUGGAAUCACUCAGUGAUGAAUAAAGACUGAUGAUCCCCACGAGACGUCUGUCAGCUCAAAGGAUUUUAAAUCACCACUUCAGGAAGGAUUUGCACCAAGAACAUGUUGGUUGUUUCCAGUCAGCUUGUAAAACUGAAAACACACAAAGACUAAAGAAGACGACAGAAAACUGUCAACACCAUGAUUUGGAAGUUGGAAAUGUACAACAAAAAACAUAAAAACCAAAUGGAAGAAAUAAGAAACAGUUUGUAACUGAACUGUAAUAAAUCAGCUGAAGGAAAGUCAGACAUAAACAUUCAGAUGCUCUAGUGUGACCUGAAAUGUGCCGUUCACAUUCAACCACUCUUAAACAUGGUUGAAUUAACAUCACUCCCAAAACGCUUGUAUGUCAGAUGAUGGUUCCACGACGACAUCGCUGUCCUCAUGAUGGUUAAGACGUCAUUUCUGCACAGAAGAGUCGGCCAAAAUUCCUCAGUGUUGAUGAUAAAGUGUUAUUAUAAGUUAUCACAAACACUUGAUGUUUCUUGUUCUUGUCGCUGUAAAGGAAAUUACUUUUUCUGUAGUGCCAGGGUGGUUUGGACAGCUUUUGCCUUGUGAAAAUCAUGCAUAAAAUCAUUUGCAAUAAAAACUCAUAUAUCAAUAUUCAAUCAAUAUUCAUGAGGACGAUCAUUUUCCUUUGAGUGACACUUCCCAAAGUUCGAUGAUUUACCCAAUGAAUUGGUCUGUGGCUUGUCAAUAAAGGACAAAAGAACCAAAAAAGUCCUUAAAAAACUCCAAGUUGGACUGUGAACAGAUGGGAAAGUACAGAGAAUAGAAGCGUAACUGAGGAAAUCUGUGCCUUUGUAAGCUGUUAUUUUGGUUCAUUUUUAAUUGUUGCCUUUAGUUUUAAAGGCAACAAUUGUGUCAUAACGAAGUAUGUCAUUCGUUAGAAGAGGAUUUGGUAAAGAGUUCCUGUUGCAAUAUGUGAAGCUGCAGAGCAUCUUGGGUCUCUGCAAAGCUCCUCAGCAGAUAUCCACUGUCUCUGACAUCAGAACUCUGGUGCCAGGCCUCAAAACUCAUUACUUGUCCAACCCCAGCAGCCAUUGAAUGGAUACCAAAGAAAGCAGAUGCCAGUGUAAUUCCUGGAGUCCAGUCUGAGAUGAAACAGAACUGUGAAUCAGGAUCGCCUGCAGACUCCCCGUCACUGAUCCCUUUGAGUUGGGAGAUCAUGAUUAAUGUUGGUCUACCUGUUGAAUGGUUUUAUUCAACCACAGAGGGCGACAGACAGGCAGCAGUCUGAGGUGCAGGGUGGAAAAGCUGAAGCUUUGGAGAGGCUGGAUUAAGAUUCAAGAGAAGCUGCAGCAGGUUGCUGCUGAGCCACAGGUUUGGAUAACAGCAAUAAUGUGAGAGGAGGCAACAGAAGUUCACCUCAGGCCAGAAGGCAAAGCUACAAUAUUGUGGAAAACCUGAGCAAAUAAACCCUUCCUGACCUUAAUUAACCCCAUUACAUGACUGGGUCAAUCAUUGCAUGUUUUCACAAACUCUUAGUAAAAGUCAGUUCCCCCCUUUAAAUGAAAAUAAGCACAAAUAAACAAUAAUUACACAGAGGCUGAACACUUCAGAUGGUUAGUCACAUCCCUGGAAUAACUACUCUGGAUAAACCCCAAAGGAACCCACAGCUGAGAACCUCAGAACCUUUGAGUCAUGGGCACAUAAUGUGACAGGAGGAAUCAGUUGUGGCAUGGCUAUUUAUAGUCCAACUGUUUCUUCUAUUUGUCUGGAUUUCACUGAAGUAGCAGAGAGCAGAGAUGCUAACUUCAGCUUUAGGCAGAUGCAGAUGGUCCAGCUGUCUAACUUUGUUUAUGGAUAUAAUUAAACAAAUACAAUUAUCCUGAUGAUCACUAAUAAUGAUCAGAAUAACAAUCCUGAUCAUUAUUAGUGAUUAGGAUCAGCAAUGAUCAACAUCCUCAGCAACAUUGAUAAUGACGGCUACUGAACAAACUUACUAUUUUCACUGAAACUGGAUUUGAUUGAGAGAAAUUUAGUUUUAAACUCUAACUUUUCUAACCUGCUGUAGCAGCUGGCUGUGCCACAAUGCUAAUGCUAGCUAACAUAAACAGGAACAAGUUCCAAGUUAUUCAGUUACAGCUGCUGUUUUAUCUUUUUCAUCAGUGAAAGUUUGAAGUUGCUCUGUCCUUCAGCUUCCUGGCCAAUCAAAUCAAACCAUGAAUCUUUAGCAGCUAAAAUCUAUUCAAGCUUUUUGACAUAAUAAAUUAAAAUCCAUCAUCAGCAGCAGCAGCAGCUCCUAAACAGACAUUAUUUGUCCAUUGGGUCUCUAAUCCUCAGUGGCUCAGACAGACAGCCUGCUUCUUUCAGACUCAUGCCCGCCUCCCUCUCCUUCCCUCUGGGGGCCGCGGCCCCUGAACCGGCCUAAAGCAGCAGCAGGAUGUUCGUAGGCUCAGCCUCUGUGCAAGGAAACAUGAGCAGGCGCAGAUAUUCAGAGUCCCGGGCCGCCGGAUAAAACCAGAGGAGGAGACGGCGGUCCGUGUGGUUGGAGCUCAGAAACUCAGGCGGGGAACAUGUGAGCGGGGCAUGGGCGGCUGGGAGCGGGAUUAUUGUUCAGCACAGCCGAGAGACGCAGGAGGGAGCCGGGGAAGGAGAGACGCGGGGACAGUUUUCCUCCACGAACCUUUUGGAUUCGAGCGCAGCAGAGAGAUCUGCGGACCGAGCAGCCAAAGAUGAACACCGUUGUGUUUAACAAGCUGAGCAGUCAGGUCCUGUUUGAGGAGAAGGCGAAGGAAGUGGAAAUGAGCAGCAGAAAUUACCUGGAGGUCAUCGACGGUCAACAUCCAGAUCUCCUCUGCAGCAGCCCGGCCAUCAGAGACAGCCAGGCGGCCAGACACAGGCGGAGCGGGGGUCGUCCCAGCGGCAGCAAAGUGCGACACAAGCGCCAGGCCCUGCAGGACAUGGCGCGGCCGCUCAAGCAGUGGCUCUACAAGCACAGAGACAACCCGUACCCGACCAAGACGGAGAAAAUCCUGCUGGCGCUCGGCUCGCAGAUGACUCUGGUCCAGGUGUCCAACUGGUUCGCCAACGCCAGGAGACGCCUGAAGAACACGGUGAGGCAGCCGGACCUGAGCUGGGCGCUCCGGAUCAAACUCUACAACAAAUACGUUCAGGGCAACGCAGAGAGGCUGAGCGUCAGCAGCGACGACAGCUGCUCCCAAGAUGGAGACAACCCUCAGAGGACACAGAGCGGUCCUGAGGAUCUCACCAAGCCCUUGUACCAGAGCGUCAUCAAGAAGGAAGGCUCCCCCAUGGUGGGUGUGGCCAUCGGCAUGGACCCAGGGCUGCGUUCUGCAGUGGAGGCCGAGGACUACGUGUCUCCACCCAAGUACAAGAGCAGCCUGCUGCACCGCUACCUGAACGACUCUCUGCGGCACGUGAUGGUGGCCAACGCUGUCAUGGACGCUCGCAAGAGGAACCACUCUGGCUCCUUCAGCUCCAACGAGUUCGAUGACGAGCUGCUGUCGCCAUCGUCCUCUGAAGCUGAGGCCCACUUCGUCUAUCGAGCCGAAGCCACAGACCAUGGAUCAAGUCAACAUGACAAGGGCAACGGUGGCGUCGCAGCGACGCAGAAGGCCAAAGAUGAGACGUACUGGAAGGAGAUCAACGCUGCCAUGGCCUUGACCAACUUGGCUCAGGGGAAGGACAGCGUCUCCGGGACAACCAGCUGCAUCAUCCAGAAGUCCUCCCAUAUAGCUGAGGUGAAGACUGUUAAAGUGCCAUUGUUGCAAAAGUUUUAGCUCCGAUUUGCCUUUGCAAAGCAGAAACAUUUCUCUCAGUAAACUUGUUGGAGUCAAAGAAACUCUCUGUGAUAUUUAAAGAACUGGUGCUUAAGGAGGAAGGUGGGCUUGUGAGGAAAAAAUAUGUUUUGGUCUUUCUGAAUCUAUUCAAAUGAUGGAUUCCUUUUUUAAAAAAAAAACAUAAAUAUUUUGUAAUGUUAACUUAUUGUUUUGAGUCUUUUUAUUGCUACAAAUAUAUUUUCCAAAGUGCCUUUGUUUUCAGCAGUUUGCUCACUGAUUGUGCACAAUGGAACAUAUGAUCACAGAGAUUUGUGAAGGAAUGUUUUGUCGAGUGCAGGCUCUUAGUCGGUGUAAUUCAGGAUUUGUCCCUUGUAACAUUAUGUGCCUUAAGAACACAGUGAGCUCAUUGGCAUUGAUGAACUCAAAUAGCAUGCAUCUGCACAGGAACUGUUCCUAUUUUGACUGGAGUUUCCAUUUGGGCUGUAAACGGAGCUCUGCUUUGGGACUGCUUAACACGUUUCGAAGCGAAGAACUUUGUCCAUCAUGUCCGCCUCUUAACCUUGGAUCCUAUCAGCCGCUGAAGAAUUUUUCUCUUUUUGAGCCGUGUGUCCACCGAAACGUGCACAAGUUCUCAGCUGAACCCAAAGCCGCUAAUCGCCCACGUGGCCAGGCCGAUAAAGUCGAGCAAAAGACCACGGUGACCUAAAAGGGAUGUUUUUACUUUAUGUUAUCAGUCUGCCAUGCGAAGUGUCGUAGCUUUUCCCCUCCUUUUUUUUGUUGCAAACAGGAUGGUACGGAGUAAAAAAAAACUAACCCAAAAAGCCGAGCACCGCUCCCUCUCUGCCUUUUGAUCCGCAGCCUCCCCAGAUGUUCGACAUUACAUUUAAAUUGCUGUUUACAAGAAGCCUGAGGACAGGCUUAAAAAUGUAACUUUCUCUUCCAUGGCCUCUUUCUGUCCUGCACAGUAUUAUUUCUUUGUCAGCCAAGUGUUUAAAGCAUUUAUUAUGGCUGCCUCUGUGUGUCUUGUGUCGGUUUUGAUUAAAACUGUCUCGUCUAACUGCGUUGCAUUAAAAUCGUCUCCGUCACCCAGUGGAAAGAAUCCACUUCUGAGAAAGUGAUUAUUGCAGUUGCACCUGAUUUUUAGCUUUAAGGAUGUCUUGGAGGUACUGUUGGUGUGCCUGAAAAUGAACGUUUUGUAUUUACAGUGGUCUGACUGCCGUGAUGAAGGACUUUAAAAGAGAACAAAACUGCACAAUUACUUUUUUUUUUAAACAUGCAUUGAAUGUUUAACCAGACGUUCACGGCUACAUCAGCGUUUUUAACAAAGAAAAGUCAAAGAAACAAAUCUUUUGGUUAUAUCACUUUGUGUAUACAUGGAAGUUGUUUGUAAUUAAUCACACCGAACCUCAGGCUCUGUUUGUUUAUGCACUCGAGACGCUGGCCUCCACCUCCGGCGCGUGUUUUCCAGCCAGCUGAUCCAGGCGCUGGGAGACCUGGAGCCACGGCUCGCGUUUCAGCUUGCAGCUCUGAGCCUCCGGGCCGCUCACCCCUCACACAACGGCCGCAUGCUGGUGACGGAGGCAGAGAAAGGUCAAGGGGAGUUCAAAGGCAGCAGCAGGAACACCAGAUGUAUAAGCAAACGGGCUCCACAGCCAUGACCCCGGUACUGUAACGCUCUCCAGCACAAACUCUGCUCUUAACCACGCUGAGAGAUAUGAAAAUGUGUGUUUUGUAAUGUAUAAAUUAUUGCAUUGAAAAAGCAAUGAAAGUGGUGACCGUAACUUGUCUAUUAUUGUUAAUUUAUGUGAAUGGAUUUUUUUUUUUAAAUAAUUAUUUUGAUAAAGACUGGAUUUUCCAUCCAAUGAUCAGAUUUAUAUCUUCUUGUACUGUUUCAUUUGCCUUCCUGUAAAAUGUGUUUGAUAAAACUGUUGUUGCUUGGUGAUGAUGAUAAAUAA